AUGCAAGGCGCGGGGAAGGAGGCCAUGGUCGUCGUCACCAACCCUCUCCUCGCCGCCCGCCUCCGCGCCGCCUCCGCCGACCCCGGUCCAUCCACUUCGACGGCCCCAACUUCGCCCGAGGAGGAGCGACGGGCGGGGCGGGCGGCGCGGUCGAGCCCGCGAGCCCGCAAGAAGCGCACCAAGGACAAGGCCGACCGCGAGCGCGGCCGCAGCUGGGAGGCCGACGAGCUCUCCCACGAGCUCCAGACACACCAGCCGCAGCCGCCGGCUGGGCAUGUCGGGCCGGCGCCGGAAGAUGGUGGCGCGGAGACGACGACUACGACGGCGGUGGGAGUGGCGGCGAAGCGGAGCACGAGUGUGGUGCUGAAGGACGCGGAGGAGGUGCUGAGGGAAAGCGGCGGCUGGGGAGAGGGCGGGAGGGAGCGGGAGCGCACGCCCAGCUUCCUCAAGCGGCUCUCCUUCGAGAAGCGCAAGUCACGCGACCUCGAAGUGCGGUCCAAGACGGGGGAAGGAAAUGUGCUGUCGCCUUCGCCGUCUCCUCGACAGUCGUUGAUGGCUCCGCUGGCGAUCGCGAGGAAGAAGAAUUCGGAGCUGAACGUGUCGGCGCCGACCCACGAAACCGCGGACGCGGCGGCCGACGGCGAGUCCACCCCACGCAAGCGGGCCUUUUCCGUGGCCUGCUCCAACUCGGCGCCGGCCUCGGGCUCGCCGCACCCCGCUGCACGACAGGGCCGCCUGGCCGUCGGCGGCGAGCCCAGCAGCAGCGGCGCUGACGCCGGGUCGGUGCCCUUUCUCAACCUGCGCAAGAUGGCCACGCGCGACGACUCGCGGUACCACACCCUGCACGGCGGCGAGCUCUUCACUCCGAUUGACGCCGGCCCCGAAGAAAAACUUCAUCGGUUACUGGUGUCGCCGGGCCUGGAGAUAGUGAAUGCGAUGGAAGAGAUUCUGCCAUCGGCGCUGAGGCCAGAGCUCGCCGCGGCGCUCGUCUCCGUCUUUGACGGCUGCGGGCGCGACCAGAACCUCCUCAUGUGGGCCAUCCAGCGGGAGAUCGACAUGUGCUCCAAGCUGCGCGGCCAAAGCUGGUUCGAGCUGCGGGCGGGGAUGGCGACCCAUGUGCUCACGAGCUGGUUCAUGCUGCAUUCGCAGAGCUUUCUGGGCGCUUGCGUGCGGCCCAUCAUUCUCAAACUCACCACAGAGGAACGAUUGGAGGCCAUCGCGCUUCCGGCCGGCGAUUUCAUGCGGCAGGAGCUCAUUCUCGAGUGCCUGCUGGAGGUCCUCGAAGGACUGGCAGCCUCCGCCCCCAUCAUUCCUCAAGAAGUGCGGUUCGUGCUCAUUCUGGCGCACGCGGAGAUGGCCAAGCUGAACCAGGAGCUGGCGCCGCUCAUCGUCGCGCGCCUCUUCUUCUCCUGCCUCCUGCGGCCCGCCUUCACCACCUGCGAGUCCUCCGUCCCCAAUUUCAACGCCGACGGUUACUCGUUGGACUUUAUCGGUCGGCAUUUCUUGCACAUCGUGGGCCAGGGUUUGUCGUGCCUGGCCUCUCGAUUCACGAUCGAGGACGAGGACGACCCGCUGGCCUUCCUCAAUCAUCACCCGGAUUCAAACGAAGCCGUCGCUCAGCUCCGAGAACGGGCCAGCCACUUCGUCGCCGCCCUCUCCAGCCGCUCUUCGGGCGACAACAAGAAGUCGGCCAAAUCUAAGAAAUCAAGGGCGUCAGCGGCGUCCGCGGACACGACGUUGAGCGAAGGCGGGCGCCUGGGCGCGCUGUUCCAGAGCGGCAACGAGUGGAACGACGACAGCCUGUUCUUCUUUGUCUUUGCAUCGCUGCGCGAGCGCAUGAUCGAGGCGCUGACCAAGAACAACAAGGCCCUGUUCGCGGCCAAGCUCUACAACCUGCUCGACCGCUGCUUCCGGGGCCAGGAGACUGUGCUGGCGCUCAAGCAGCGGCAACACGUCAUCAACGAGUACGUCAUGACCAAGUACGGCCAGAAGGUUCAGCUCGUCAACUGGCGCCAGCGCAGCCGUAAGCGGAUCGACGUCGGCGGCGGCAGCGGUCGGCGCCUGGCCAUCCGCGAGGUGCUGCUCGAUCGACGCAGCAGUAGUAGCAACGGCGGCGGCAGCGGCGGCGGCGAUCUGCCUCCCAAUUCGCCGCACCAGGUGCUGCUGCAGCACCAGCGGCGGGCCAACAGCGAGAAGCCCUCCAAGUCGCUGCUCAAGCUCAUGAUCGCCGACCAGCGCCAGAAGAAUCAGGAGAUCGAGGACGAGCUCCGGCUCAUCAAGCUCAAACUGCAGCAGGAAAUCAAGGCCAAACGGGAACUGCAGCUGCAGCUGCUGCGGCGAGACAACGACAACAACGAAAUGAAGAAGACCACGGAGCAGACGCUGCAGGAAUGGACCGAGAUACAGAUGAUGUGGGAGCUCAUGGCCAAGCAGAUGAACGGCCUCGAGCAGGCCCUCUUCCCUCUCGACGACGACUCCCUCCUGCAGCGCAUUGGCUCGUCGGGCGAGACGGGCGUGCUGUCGCGGCAUCACAGCACGGAGAUGGGUACGCCGAGCGGCAAGAAGAAGAAGACCCUGCUGCCCUUCAGCGGGUUCAAGCGGCAGUCUGGCUCCCUCUUUUCCUCCUAG